AGCCUGGACCUCAAUUGGACCUCCCUUACCCUUUGGAACAGGGACAUGGCGCCCCACGGCGAUGCCAACCUUUAUGGCUUCCCAUCCGUUCUACAUGUGCAGGAGGGGGAUGGACAGGCUCACGGUGUCUUUCUGCUCAACAGUAAUGCCAUGGAGGUGGUGCUGCAGCCUAGCCCUGCUCUGACCUGGGUGGCUGUGGGAGGAAUCCUGGACCGUACUUCUUCCUGGGCCCUGACCCUCAGAGUGUUGUCAGACAGUACUCCAGGUUAUAGGUAUGGCUAUAUAUGACUUUUAGCUGUAACUUCCUGUUACUGAAUAUCCUUU